CCCUGCAGCUGGAGGUCUAGGUCUCACUUUCUCUGCUGUGUCCUCUCCUCCUAGAAGCCCAGCCUCUGUGGCGUUGCGACCUGAAUAAAUUGGGAGAUCCGCAACUAAGACGGCGGGACCCUCUGGAAGCCUAGAGAUGGGACUGUUGACAUUUAGGGAUGUGGCCAUAGAAUUUUCUCUGGAAGAGUGGCAAUGCCUGGACACUGCACAGCGGAAUUUAUAUAAAAAUGUGAUUUUAGAAAACUACAGAAACCUUGUCUUCCUGGGUAUUGCUGUCUCUAAGCCAGACCUGAUCACCUGUCUGGAGCAAGAAAAGGAGCCUUUGAUUAUGAAGAGAGAUGAGAUGGCAGAUGAACCCCCAUUAAUGUGUUCUCAUUUUGCCCAAGAGUUUUGGCCAGAACAGAACAUAAAAGUUUCUUCUCCAAACAUGACAAUGAGGAGAUAUGAAAAAUGUGGAAAUGAGAAUUUUCAAUUAAACGGCUGCAAAAGCAUGGCUGAGUGUAAGGUCCACAAAGGAGGUUUUAAUGGACUUGACCAAUGUUUACCAACUACCCAGAGCAAGAUGUUUCCGUGUGAUAAAUAUGUGCAAGUCUUUCAUAAAUUUUCACAUUCAGAUAGACAUAAGAUCAAACAUAUGGAAAAUAAAUAUUUCAAAUGUAAAGAAUGUGAAAAGUCAUUUUGCAUGCUUUCACACCUAACUCAACCUAAAAGAAUUUAUACUAGAGUGAAUUUUGGCAAAUGUGAAGAAUGUGAAAAAGCUUUUAACCAAUCUUCAAAGCUUACUACACGGAAGAGAAUUUAUACUUGUGAGAAACUCUACAAAUGUCAAGAAUGUGACAAAGCUUUUAACCAAUUCUCAAGCCUUACUACAUAUAAAAAAAAUUAUACUCGAGAAAAAUUAUACAAAUGUGAAGAAUGUGGCAAAGCCUUUAACCAGUCCUCACACCUUACUACACAUAAGAUAAUUCAUACAGGAGAGAAACCCUACAAAUGUGAAGAAUGUGGCAAAGCCUUUAAUCAGUUCUCAAAUCUUACUACACAUAAGAAAAUUCAUACUGGAGAGCAACCCUACAUCUGUGAAGAAUGUGGCAAAGCUUUUACCCAAUCCUCAACUCUUACUACGCAUAAGAGAAUUCAUACCGGAGAGAAACCCUACAAAUGUGAAGAAUGUGGAAAAGCUUUUAACCGAUCCUCAAAACUUACUGAACAUAAAAACAUUCAUACUGGAGAGCAACCCUACAAAUGUGAGGAAUGUGGCAAAGCUUUUAACCGAUCCUCAAAUCUUACUGAACAUAAGAAAAUUCAUACUGAAGAGAAACCCUACAAAUGUAAAGAAUGUGGUAAAGCUUUUAAACACUCCUCAGCCCUUACUACACAUAAAAGAAUUCAUACUGGUGAGAAACCCUACAAAUGUGAAGAAUGUGGAAAAGCUUUUAACCGAUCCUCAAAACUUACUGAACAUAAGAAACUGCAUACUGGAAAGAAACCCUACAAAUGUGAGGAAUGUGGCAAAGCAUUUAUCCAGUCCUCAAAACUAACUGAACAUAAGAAAAUUCAUACUGGAGAGAUACCCUAUAAAUGUGAAGAAUGUGGCAAAGCUUUUAAACACUCCUCCUCCCUUACUACACAUAAGAGAAUUCAUACUGGAGAGAAACCCUACAAAUGUGAAGAAUGUGGCAAAGCUUUUAAUCGAUCCUCAAAACUUACUGAACAUAAGAUAAUUCAUACCGGAGAGAAACCCUAUAAAUGUGAGAGAUGUGAGAAAGCUUUUAACCAAUCUGCGAACCUUGCUAAACAUAAAAAAAUUCAUAUUGGAGAGAAAAUCUACAAAACUGAAAGAUGUGAUAAUGAUUUUGACAACACCGUAAGCUCUUCUAAACAUAAAGAAAGUCAUACUGGUGAAACAUACUAGAAAUGUAAAGAAUGUGUCAAAGACUUAUUCACACUUGGUUGUACGUAAGAUAAUUUAUACUGGAGAAAACUAAGUGCGAAGUAUUUGGCAAUACUGUUAAUGCCCAAAUCUUAUUGCACAGGAAAGCAUUUAUACUUGAGAAAAAUUGUACAAAUUCAAAAGAUAUGGAAUAGCCAUUAAUAUCUGUUCACAUCUUAAUAUCAGAAUGUUGGCACUUAAUAAAAGCAUAAUAAAUGCAAUUACUGUCAAAAAGGAAAAUAUAAGCCUUUAAAGCUGAGUGUAUUCAUUUUGAAGACAAGUAUUACAAACAUAAAGAAGGUUUUAGUACAUUUCAUGUAUCACAGAUCUUAUCACCCACAUUUUGUACUAGAGAAAAACCCUGAAGCAGUUGCUCAAACUUUAUUCAACAUCAGGCAUUCUGUAUUGGAGAAAAAAUCUGCAAAUGUAAUAAAUUUGGAAAAACCUACUUUUCAAAACCUAUAGCUUAGAAAACACAAGAAAGUUUAUACUAAAAUACGUUUUUGCAGGCCAGACAUGGUGGCUCACGCCUGUAGUCCCAGCACUUUGGGAGGCCGAGGCAGGUGGAUCACCUCAGGUCAAGAGUUCGAGACUAGCCUGGUCAACAUGGCGAAACCUCAUCCCUACAAAAAAUGCAAAAAUUACCCAGGCAUGGUGGCUGGUGCCUGUAAUGUAUUCCCAGCUACUCAGGAGGCUGAGGCAGGAGAAUCGCUUGAACCUGGGAGCAUUGAGCCAAGAUUGUGCCAUUGCACUCCCACCUGGGUGACAAGAGUGAAACUUUCUGAAA